UUAGGCGUGUCUACUAAAGAACGAAGACUUUGCUUUUCCAAAACUAAUCUUGCAAAGAAAAAAAGAAGCUGAUGAGUUUGUGUCCAAUCCUCUGUUUUGUCCUCAUAUGCUUCGGUGCUGCUUCUGUUUCAGCACAAACAUGUCAGAACAAUGGAGGUUUCACGCCCAACGGCACCUACGACGCAAACCGCCGUCUCAUCCUCUCUUCUCUUCCUUCCAACGUCACGGCUCAAAAGGGCCUCUUCUACAACGGCUCCAUCGGACAAGAACCGAACCGCGUCUACGUAACAGGGAUGUGCAUGCCCGGAUCAGAUCCAGUUGACUGUUCUGGCUGUAUCAAGACCGCCUCUGAUGGUUUGUUAGAGAGAUGUCCAAACCAAACAGAAGCGUAUUCAUGGCCAGGUGAUCCGACGCUUUGCCAUGUUCGCUACUCCAACACUUCUUUCUUAGGAUCUUUAGGUCUAAGUCCGCGUGCUAGCAUCACCAACGGUGCAAAUGUAACCUCGGAUCUAGAAGAGUUCAGGAAGAUAUGGGAAGACUUAGUUGUUCGUAUGGUUGAUGCAGCAUCAUCUAAUGAUAGCCAUUACACAGCUAAUACCGCAGCCUUGACACCUUUCCAAGAUAUAUAUGCGAUGAUGCAAUGCACGCUGGAUCUUUCCUCCGAUGAUUGUAAGACUUGCUUGCGACGGAGCGCAAGUGAGUACUCCCAGCCAUGCUGCAAUACGAAGCAAGGAACUCGUAUUGUUCGACCAAGCUGCUAUUUCCGCAUGGAAUUGUAUAUGUUCUCCAAGGCUUCAUUUGUUAAUUUUACGGCGGCUUCUCCUCCUCCUGUAGCUGUGCCACACCCUCCAGAUGGCCAGGCCAAUACGACCAACAAUGGAGAAGAUAGCAAAAGACUCUCAACUGGAAUUAUCGUGGCCAUUACCGUUGCAACUGUAUUUGGCGUCUUGAUACUGCUUGUUCUUGGUUAUGUUCUAUGCCGGAGGAGAAACUCAUACCAAAGAACUCAGUUUGAAACUGAUAGUGAUAUCUCAACUACACAUUCAUCGCAAUACGACUUUAAGACCAUUGAAGCUGCAACAAACAAUUUUUCCAGUAGUAAUAAGCUCGGUGAAGGUGGAUUUGGUGAGGUUUACAAGGGUACACUAUCAACUGGAACGGAAGUGGCUGUGAAGCGACUAUCGAAAAUGUCAGGACAAGGGACAAGAGAGUUCAGGAACGAGGCUGUUCUUGUGUCAAAACUUCAACAUAGGAAUCUAGUUAGGCUUCUUGGAUUCUGUUUAGAAGGAAAAGAAAAGAUUCUCAUCUAUGAGUUUGUCCCAAACAAAAGUCUUGACUAUUUUCUAUUUGACCCUGAGAAGCAACGGCUAGACUGGACUCAACGAUACAAGAUCAUUGGAGGGAUUGCUAGAGGAAUUCUUUAUAUUCAUCAAGAUUCACAGCUCACAAUCAUACAUCGUGACCUCAAAGCGAGUAACAUCCUCUUGGAUGCUGAUAUGGUCCCAAAAAUUUCAGAUUUUGGACUGUCUACCAUCUUUGGAAUAGAGCAAACUCAAGGCAAUACCAACAGAAUUGCUGGAACCUACGCUUACAUGUCUCCUGAGUAUGCAAUGCAAGGUCAAUUCUCCAUGAAAUCUGACGUUUACAGCUUUGGAGUCUUAGUUCUCGAGAUUAUAAGCGGAAAGAAAAACAGUAACGUCUACCAGAUGGAUGAAACUAGUACUGCUGGAAACUUGGUCAACAAUGCUUGGAGGCUUUGGAGAAACGGGUCACCACUGGAGCUAUUGGAUCCGGCUAUUAGAAGGAAUAAUCAGAGUAACGAAGUCACUAGAUGCAUCCAUAUUGCGCUUUUAUGUGUUCAAGACAAUCCAGAAGACCGUCCAAUGUUAUCAACUAUCAUCUUGAUGCUUACUAGCAACACAAUUACUCUACCAGUGCCUAAUCUACCGAGUUUUUUCCCGCGGAACAGGCUCGAACUUGAGAAUGUAUCUGAGGGAUUCGAAUCAAGUCGAUCUACAGGAAAAUCUGUUGGUUAUUCUGUUAGUGACUCGUCCAUUACUGAUUUAGAGCCUCGUUGAAGAUGGAAGUGAUUCUCUGUGUGCAAGUUUGAAUGAUUGCUUCUAACAUCAUUUUCUUAUUUUUGAUUGUGACUUUUUUAAGAUUUGAAUAUUCAUGUGGGUUCUGUUUCUACUGUAUCCCUCCUAAUUUUCAUGGCUUUGUUGGACUUAACCAAAUCUAUUAAUUGAUUAUCUUA